AUGACGACUCUUUUGCUAGGUGGCCGAGGCAAGACCUCCAGCCGAAUCGCCUCCCUGUUGCAUGCCACCAACGUCCCUUUCCUGGUCGCCUCGCGCUCCGUGGACCCCAACUAUCCACACAAGCAGGCACAGUUCGACUGGCUGAAUGAACAAAGCUAUGAAACUCCGUUUACCCAUGCUUCAGCCGAGGGGAUGCAACCGAUCUCAACGGUGUACCUAGUUCCACCGCCGGUGUUCGAUCUUGCACCCCCAAUGCUCCGGUUCAUCGAUUUUGCGCGUCCCCGGGGCGUCCGGCGGUUUGUGCUGCUCAGUGCAAGCACAAUUGACCUAGGUGGGCCUGCUAUGGGUCAGGUACAUGAGUAUUUGGCCAAGCUGGGCGGGAUUGAGUAUGCGGUGCUCCGACCAACGUGGUUCAUGGAGAACUUUUCUACUCCCCAGGAGCCUCAAUAUAUGUCCAUCAAAAACGAGAACACAGUGUAUUCUGCGACGGGGAGUGGCAAGAUUCCAUUCGUCUCUGCUGACGACAUUGCUCGGGUCGCCUUCAAGGCCCUGACGGAUCCAAUUUCUCACAACACAGAUCAUAUCAUUCUCGGACCCGAGCUUCUCACUUAUGAUCAGGUGGCAAAGAUUCUUUCGUCUCAUUUGGGAAGAGAGAUCUCGCAUACGGAUCUUUCCGAGGCCGAAUUCGCCAAACGGCUCGAAUCAACAGGAAUGCCCUCGGAGGAUGCGCUGAUGCUAGCCACUAUGGACACCAUGAUUAAGGGUGGCGUGGAGGGCCGAUUGAACAAUGUAGCCCGCGAGGUGACGGGCGUCGGUCCGGAGACUUUGGAACAUUUUGUGGUGAGAAACAACGAAUGCUGGCUGUGA